AUGAGUGAUGCUAGUUCUUCUAAGAAACCUAUAAAGGAGUCUAAGCCUAAAAAGUCUCCAAAAAAGAAGCCAGUUAUUGUUGAAGUGUCUGUUUUACCCGAAGUCUCUACUGCUGAAACAAAAAAAGUUGAUCCGGUUGUUGAGGAGAAAGAAGAAGAAGAGAUUAUUCCUUCGAAAACCGGAGUUCUUCAUAGAAUCAAGAUGAAGUCUAAACAUCUACAAAAGUCUUCAUCUCCUCAUGUUGUACGAAAGCAACAGGUAACACAUCAAGGAGUCUUAAUCCGUGAAGUUCCAGCGCCUGUUUCUCCUUUGUCGAAGAAACGAAGGGUUGAGGAUAUGGCAAAGCAGAUUUCAAAGAAGCAGAAAAAGAAGACUCAUAAGAUAAUCCUUUCACCAGAGUCAAUUGAAGAAGAUGAAACUAUUCUUGCAACACCAGAAGCUAAUCAAGAAAUUUUAACUCGUGAUCAGACAAAAGAUAUACCACCUAAAGUUUCGAAUGUCGAGUCAUCUAAUGAGGAGAAACAAACUUUGGACAUCAUUGUACACGUAUCUAAUACGGAUACAAAUGUCAAUAAGGGUGAGGAAAAUCCGAAGACUACUACUCAAGGCGAUAUCAUUGAGAUGACAGUUUACUAG